AUGAGUAUUUCACCUCCAUUAUCAUCACCACCAGCAGUAGUAGUAACGACAACAGCAUCCUUUACACUUCCAUUUCAUGAUACACACGAAGAGGCUGUCGGAGGUGCUCAACAUGCCCUUCAACUCAUCAACAUCAUCGACGACAAUGACAAUUGGGAGGAUUCAAUGGACAAGAUACUCGAUCAAUUCUAUCGUAAAACUGGUAGACAAUUACUUUAUUCUUUAAUGUUUUAUUAA